CUGAUUGACUACAUCCACAGACAACGGCAGUGUAAGCUGAGUGUGCCCCUGAAUGACAGGACAGCAGAGCUCAACAGCUACCCAAGAUUCAAUGACUGGUUAGACAUUGUCAAUGUGAGGAAAGAAGUUGUACAGAGAAUACCAGAGGAGCUAACCUUAGAUGCCUUACUAGAAAUGAAUGAGUCAAAGGUGAAAGAAACAAUGAAGAGAUGUGGUGCCAGAGAUGAGGAGUGCUCCAGACUCAACGGGGCACUGAGCUGCUUACGGAAGGUGACUGCAUCAGGUGGGGAGUUAAAAGAUGAUGUGCUGAUGAAUCUUUCUGAGGCACGCCGAGAAAACAGCUCUACCAACGUGACCGAAUUCCCCUGCUCCUCUGCGCCCACAUGGACUCCCUCUGCACUGCACCUUCCCAAGGGCAACAGCCAGCAGGCACGUUCUGUGUCAGUAUCUACAAUCCCAUCUUCAGAUUCUCUUGCCUUGAGUCACGGACCUUCUACCUAUGCAGAAAACCUCCUGGACCCUUUUGCAUUCCCUGCACACAGUGGAAGGUUAACACCAAGGACUCCUCAUAGCAUCACCAUCACUCCACCAACCACUCCUCAAACGAAGAGACGGCAUAAGUUGAAGCCACCACGGACUCCUCCCCCCCCUUGCCGGAAGGUUUUUCAGCUGCUACCUAACUUUCCAACCCUCACAAGAAGCAAGUCCCAUGAAUCACAGUUGGGAAAUAGGAUAGAUGAAGUUCCUCCAAUAAAGUGUGAACUCUCCCAAGGAUCCCCGCAAACGGUACGAAGAGACUUUGGCUUAGCUCUAACACACAGGUUCUCUACAAAGUCUUGGCUAUCUCAGAUUUGCCAAGUCUGUCAGAAAAGCAUGAUGUUCGGGGUGAAGUGUAAGUACUGCAGAUUAAAAUGUCACAACAAAUGUACUAAAGAGGCACCUGCUUGUAAAAUAUCCUUCCUUCCCAUAACAAAAAUAAGAAGAACAGAGUCUGUCCCUUCAGAUAUCAAUAAUCCAGUAGACAGACCAACAGAACCACAGUUUGGAACUCUUCCCAAAGCACUAACUAAAAAGGAGCAUCCACCAGCAAUAAAUCAUCUGGACUCUAGCAGUAAUCCUUCUUCUACAACCUCAUCCACACCAUCUUCUCCAGCACCUUUCCAGUCUUCUAACCCUCCCAGUGCAACACCUCCCCCAAACCCAUCUCCUAUGGGCCAGAGGGAUGGACGGUUUAACUUCCCAGCUGCCUACUACAUUCAGCAUAGACAACAAUUUGUCUUCCCAGAAAUUCCCAGUCCUGCACAAAUAGCACAACCUACAGAAACUGCUGCAGACACUAAUGCUGAUCAGCAGCCAGAGACCGAUGGAGUCGAAUGUGAAGCAGAGGUAGAAGAACCGGAGGCUAAUAAAUCGGAACCUGAAGAUGACGAGGAUGAGGUGGAAGAUUUGCCAAACAGACGGCCACACUUGCAAGGGAUGAUCUAUCGCAAACCUAGCCAGACCAGCGUCUACCUGCAGGAAUGGGACAUUCCCUUUGAACAGAUCGAACUGGGGGAUCCUAUUGGCCAAGGACGGUGGGGGAAGGUUUACAAGGGGAAAUGGCACGGGGAAGUGGCCAUCAGGCUCUUGGAGAUAGACGGGAACAAUCAGGAUCAUCUCAAGCUCUUUAAAAAGGAGGUGAUGAACUACAGGCAGACUCGACAUGAGAACGUGGUACUUUUCAUGGGAGCAUGCAUGAACCCUCCUCAUCUAGCAAUCAUUACCAG